AUGAGACUCAUUGUGUUUAUCAUCUUUUUUACAUCAUGCAAUUUUGCAUUUUCAGUAAAGCACUCCCUGAGCUAUAUUCUCACCGCUACGGAUGGAGUCCCAAACUUUCCGGAGUUUAUGGCUGCUGGAGUAUUUGAUGAUGUUCAGAUGGCUUACUGCGACAGCGACAGAAAACGUAUAGAACCCAGAACAAGCUGGAUGGACAAAUUAUUAAAAGAAAAUCCUGAUGUUCUUCAGUGGCACUUUGAUAAGUGCCACAAUAACCAGUACAGCUUCAGACACCAGAUUAAUAAUGUGAAGCAGCGCUUUAACCAAUCUGAAGGUGCCCACGUGUUUCAGAGGAUGAAUGGCUGUGAAUGGGAUGAUGAGACUGGAGACAUCACUGGUUUUAGUCAAUUUGGCUACGAUGGUGAUGACUUAAUAGCAUUGGACCUGGAUACAUUGACAUGGAUCGCUCCAACGCAACAGACAGUGAUGAUCAAACAUGACUGGGACAGAGAUACACAGCUAAGUCUAUUUUGGAAGAAUGCCAUUAUCCACGAUUGCAUGGAAUACCUUAAGAAGUUUGUGCACUGUGCGAACAGCACAGUGCAAGCAAAAGACCUUCCCUCAGUGUCUCUCCUCCAGAAGACUCCCUCCUCUCCAGUCAGCUGCUUUGCUACAGGUUUCUACCCUGCCAGAGCCAAGAUAUUCUGGAGGAAAGAUGGAGAAGAGCUUCAUGAGGACGUGGAGCUUGGAGAGAUCCUGCCCAACCAUGAUGGAUCCUUCCAGAUGAGUGUUGACCUGGACCUUUCAUCAGUCACAUCUGAAGACUGGAGGAGGUAUGAAUGUGUGUUUCAUCUCUCUGGUGUGAAGGACGACAUCAUCACCAAACUGGACAAAACUGUGAUCAAGACCAACUGUGGUAAGACUGGAAUCAGAUGGAACUUGAUACUUGGCACGGUCGUCCUCAUCAUUGCUUCAGUGACUGGUCUUGCUCUCUUCAUCGCUACAUUGGGUGGAUACUGA